CUCGACGUGGAGUGCCUGCCAAGAUCUUUCCACAGCGACAUCACGUCCUUCCUGGACAAUCUCUACAGCCUAGACUCGCGCGUCUUCAGCCUGCUUGUCCAGUCUAGUGACUUUGCCAGCUUGGCUGCGAUGCUCGCGGAGCGACGGGAGUACAUCAAACUCACGCAGUCUAACCUCAACGAUGCGGUCCGCAAUGCAGCCUGUGGCGGGGAUGUGACUGAACUGCUCCUCACCGAAUUCGAUGGCAGCAGCUUCCAUGUCAGCGAGGAAGUCCUGGCGGGUGCGGCGCAGAACCCGACUCAAGGCCUCCAGGCCAUGACAGCACUCAUCCGCCAUCGUCCACGCGAGGUCAUCCUCACCGAAGGCGUCAGUCGGGCAAUCUUGGCAAACUCUGAGCAGGGCAAGCAGAUUUCACAGCUGCUCUACGAGCAGACUGGCCAAAAGGUCCAGCUCACAAGGAACCUCGUGCUUGAGGCUGUCAACAGCACUUGGUCGUGGAAAUGGAUGCUGCCACACGUUUUGGAACAGGGAUUGGAUGCUCAGACUUUGCGCGAGGUGGUAAUGGCGGCCAUUGACAAGAACAUCAAGGGCGAGACCAUCAUCCAGUCCUUGCUGGGGGAGGGCACGUUCCAAGUCGUGAUCGAUGAGGAGAUGCUCAUCACAGUAGCAAGCAAUCCCACGAACGCCAAGAGGCUAGUAGAAACGCUGCUGCAGCAUCGGGGCGAAGACCUGCUUCCGCUACCUGAGAGAGUGCUGGCGGCUUGCAUGAGACAUCCAGAUCACGGCUGCGACCUUCUCGACCUCAUCGAACGGCAUCAAGGCCUCGAUGCGAUCAUGAAGACCCUAGUCGAUACUUCUUGCCCCGACCUGUGGGACUUUAUCCGUGAGCCUUUCCGGGUCCGCACUCUGACAAACACCACCAGCGGAGGGAAGAUGUACCUCGACCAGGGCCAACCGGCGCUGUGGUGGGCUCUGCUGCACGAUCAAGUGCCCCUUACGCAGCAACUGAUCAAUAUGGGCGCAAACCUCGACGUCAACCACUAUGAUCAUGGCCCUCCCAUCCUCAUCGCGGCGGUUCUGAAGAACACAAGUAUGGCGCGCCUGCUCCUGUCCAGCGGCGCCAAGCUCGAGCCGUACAUCGAUACGAGCAUAUUCCGCUAUCCGUUGCGAGUGGCAGUGGAGCUAGAGGACGUGUCAAUGCUCCAAGCUCUCGUUGAUCACGGGCUCGAUGUGAACAAGCCCAUCGCCGGAGGCACUAAGACCGCACUACACUUUGCUGCCCGCCUCGGGACGAUGCCCGUCGUCGAGCUGCUUCUUGCCCGCGGCGCGCAGGCCGAUGUGUACGACAGCCAGGAUAUGACGCCUCUGCACGAGGCUAGUGCCCGAGGCAACACGGAGGUCGUCCGCAAGCUGCUCGACCAAGGUCGUGCCGAUGUGAACUGCGGUCGGGAAGGGUUGAGGCUCACGCCUCUGGCACAGGCCGUGCUUUUCGGGCGGGUAGAGACGGCGAAGCUGUUGCUGCAGCGGGGGGCGGAUGUGCGUGCGAGGCAGCCAAAUGGAUACACGCUGCUGCACUCUGCUGCGGGUUGGGGUCACGUCGAGGCUGUCGCGUUGCUGCUUGAAUAUGGAGCGGACAUGAACGCGACCACGGAGGAUGGGGAGACCCCAAAGGACUGGGCUCAGAAGCGAGGGAGGGACGCCGUGGUCGCUUUCUUUACUGCUCAUGCGCAAGAUCAGGACUGGGUGAAAUUGUAACGUCAGUCAUCAGGCAUCGACUGGCUCCUUGAGCAUCGACAUGCAUCGGCGGAGCUCGAGUAGUGUGGCGACGUUCGAAACAUUUGGAAAUACGAACUAACGUAAUCCACAAGUGAGCGGG